AAGAGAGAAAAAAAUUAAAGAAGAGUCUCAAAUCUUAAUUUUCUAUUGAAUAUAUUUCUCAAUUAUUAAUAUUAUAAAUUAUGUAUCCAAACAUUCUCAAAUCUAUUAAAGGAUCUUGAAACCACUUCACAAGGGAAGAAUACCUAAGCCCCACUUGGCUCCAAUAAUUCAAAGAUCUCAUUUUCUCAGACUAAUGUCAAACAAAUAAAAUCUUCUCUUUCUCUCUAGAACUUCUGGAAGCCCUGAUGGAAGAAGCUUCAAUGAGAUCAUCUCAAGGAGACAUGGAUCUUGAGGAGUGGGAGUUACUCCCCAAAAGCUGUUUCAAGGAUCUUGAUCUUGAUCACGACGAGGAUGAUCACCAUGGAGCCAUGAUGAUGGAUUGCUUCCUCUCCCCAUCUACUCAAGAUCCUCUCCACAAGAUAGAGUCUCCUCCAAGAUCAAGAGUUGUCCCCACAAAGCUCCUCCAAGUUCCCAUAGCUUGGGAGCCCGUAUUGGAUCUUGAUCCCGAUCCAAAACAGACCCUUUUGAUGGACUCUGCUCCGUCACCAAGAGUAUCCUUCAAGAAAACGAAGGAAACUGAAUUUGCCGACAUGAAAACUGACCCACCAGCGAGGAUCACGAGUCCUGUGCCUUUGAUAGAUGCUGCGAAGCCCUCCGAUUGCGAAGGAAGCGAUGACUUGCAAGUGAAGAAAGAAAAUGAUGAUGUGACUAGUGAACAUGGUGGUGAGAAACUGAACUUCUGGAAGAUUGGUCUUAAUGGGAUCGGAGCUGUUUGCUCUUUUGGCGUUGCAGCAGCAGCCGCUACAGUAUGUGUCUUAUUCCUCGGACACAACAACAUCAAAGUCUGUAAGGACAAGAACCACAAGCUUAGGUUUCAGAUUUACUCUGAUGAUCAUAAGAGGAUGAAUGAAGCUGUGAAUCAUGCAACAAAGGUUAACGAAGCAAUCUUUGCAAUGAAAGGUGUUCCUGUCGUGAGAGCUCAGAUAUCUUUUGGAGGUUACUACGAUGGACUUUGAAUCUCAACCGUCCAUAAUUCUCUAUGGAAUCAAAUGGAUCAGAUCUAGUCUGUCCUCAUACCAGCUUUCAUAAGUUCAAUAGUUUCUAGCGUGCAUGCAUGGUCCUUGUCAUUACAUUUUGUAAAUUUUGCUAAAAUCCGAUAUAUUGAUAGAUAUAGAUCAUUGUAAAAUUUCAUGUAAUAUUUUUAAUUGUUGUGAAAUAACUCAAAUAUCUUUCUGUGA